CAUAAAAAAUAAAAAAAAAUAAAAAAUAAAAGAGCUAAGAGCCAGCCACCGUCCUUCAGUGUUUUUUAGAACCUUUUUAUUGGCGCACUGAUUCCCUAGACUUUCUUCUCCUUUCUCCUUCGAAGUUUUCUGAACCUGUUUUUCUCUCUCAAAUUUGGAUCCCUCUUUCUGUCUCUGCAAACCAACCACGAGUCUCCACUAUCACAGCUCGCCCAAAUCAGACGGUCCUCGUUCGUCUUCGACCUCUUCAUAGAGCUCGGUUUCGUGGCUUUAACUUUAAAGAUUCAGACUUUCAAUAGUCAAAGUUUAAUUUCUCGACACACACACACACACACACACAUAUAUAUAUAUAUGGAGAAAUUGGCGUGUAUAAAAGAUGGGUUUCAGAAUGGAGCUCAUCGUCCUUCCUUGACGUCUUCCUCUUCCCAGAGAGAUGUUAGCUACAGCUGUGGCUCUUGUGGAUAUGCGCUAAAUCUAAGCUCCUCCAACCGGAACAUCUCCACAAUUGGUUCAAAGUACGGAAAAUCUAUUAAGCGAGGAAUCAUAUCGUUCUUCUACGUAGAUGAUAGCAGAUUUACUCAGGUUGAUGAGAUCCAAUGCAUACCCCAUUUCUCCAAGCAUUCGUGGAGUUUGUUCCGACGGCAAACCAAGCUUCUUUGCCGCAAAUGCAAUAACCAUAUUGGAACUACUUAUGAUGAAUACACUUCUUCUCACCCCAUCGGAUUAGAGGAAUCAGAUUCAUCUUCGGGCCAUGAAGCUUCAAAACGCAGAAAAUAUGAUAUCAAAAUCCGUGCUUUACAGCCUUUAUCCUCUCAAGAAACUGCUUUGUAGCUUGAUGACUGGAACAAGCUUGAAAUGAAUUUAUGUGUUUGCUAAAGAAUCACCGUUCGUCCGCUGAAGAAAGGUAUUUGCAUGUGAAACUAUUUGUGUAAAGGUUUUCUCUUUUUGGAUGUGUUUUUGAAUUUGUAUUUCUAUGUAUUUAGAGAAUUUUUUGUAUAUAACAGUAAUAAUUACUGAAAAGGAAAUAGGUGAUGUGGGAUUUUCAGGUGAGUUGAAUGAUUGAGCGGAGUUGAUAAAUAACUUGCUAUCAAAUCUGUACUCUGAGUGGGCUGGUAUUUUGAGAUAUAGUUGAG